GCGGCCCCGCUCCUUCUUCCCAUCGGCCUCGGCUUGCGGGCCUUUCAAACAUGGAGGAGCGGGAGCGGGGGGCGAGGUCGGCUCGCGCCGGGAGCCCCGGGCGCCCGCCCAGCCCGCGGCUGGACGUCAGCUCGGACAGCUUUGAUCCGCUGCUGGCCUUGUACGCGCCCCGAGUGCCUCCCAUCCCCUACCCCAACGCCCCCUGCUUCAACAACCUGGCGGCGUACGAGAGCUUCCUGAGGACCGGGAGCCGGGGCGGCGGGCGCGGGAGGGCGCGGGGCGUCCCCGCAGGCUCGGGGGGCUCCGCCGCCGCCCCGGGGCCCUCGGGCAGGUCCCGCCGCCGCCCCGACGCGCCCGCCCCGGACCCCGAGCGCAUCCAGCGCCUCCGGCGCCUCAUGGUGACCAAGGAGGAAGAGGAUGGGGCCGGCGGGGCGCCCCGGCGGGGUCCCGGACGGAGCAAGAAGGCGCCGCGGAACGUGCUCACGCGAAUGCCCCUGCACGAAGGCAGCCCCCUGGGCGAACUCCAUCGCUGUAUCCGGGAGGGCGUGAAGGUCAAUGUCCACAUCCGCACUUUCAAGGGACUGCGAGGAGUCUGUACAGGCUUCCUGGUCGCAUUCGACAAGUUCUGGAAUAUGGCACUUACUGAUGUGGAUGAGACAUACCGCAAACCUGUUCUGGGCAAAGCAUACGAACGGGAUUCGUCGCUGACUUUUACCAGGCUGUUCGAUCGGCUGAAACUUCAAGAUUCCUCCAAGAAGGAAGCCGACUCUAAGUCUGCAGUUGGAGACUCGACUCUGUCCAGAUAUUCCCAGACGUCUACAUGGAAGGUGGCCUCCGUGUGGGGGAGAGAAAACACUGACCGGAGCUCACACAAGCGUUCCCGCUCAGUCCCUUCUUCCAUGCAGGCCUCUGCCAGGGAUGAGUCCAGGUCAGAGGUGUCAGGGAGAACUAUGCCGACAGAAGGGUCCAGCAUGGCAGGGACCUUCUCCAGGGCCACCACGCUUUCCAGGGGCCAGUCCCGUAAGAAAAAACGAAAGCCCAAAGUGGAUUACCAGCAGGUGUUUACCCGUCACAUAAACCAGAUUUUUAUUCGAGGCGAGAAUGUUCUGUUGGUUCAUCUGGCCCAGUGACUUGCUCAUCCUCACUUGAGCCUUGGCGUUUAGAAAUAAAGUGCAUGACUUGCUGCUCU